GGCAGGGCACGGAGCGGCACCUGGGCACUGCCGACGAUAGCGACCAGGGCCAACAAAGAAACAUUAGACGGGGUCCCCUACAUCGUCUGCUCGCCCUCCCAAGCCCUGGAUCUGCACCCUCUGAUUUCCCAUUGCCAACCUUCCCAACUCUCUGCUCUGCGUCUGGCUGUCCGCCAGCAACGACAGAGCGACAGGCGCUCUCCGUGAUGGAUGCGGGUGCCCCCGUCACGCCCGGGCGACCAGCUGCUCCUUUGGCCGCAGGGCCGGCUCCUUCAGCAGACGCCACCCGCACCACUGCCGGUGCUGCUGACAGGCCGCUCUCCACCCCGCUGCCCUUCCCAAUCCGACCCACGACUGCGAGGACGCGCGGUUCCUCGAUACGCCUGCGCCGCCUUACGUCCACCUCGCAAGCCUCAGACACACCAAACCCCGACGGGUACGGCAACGACGAUGCUUUCAGUCUGCAACCUCUCACCCCCGGGCGCUUCGGCGAGGAUGGCCCAUCUCGUCUGCAGCCCCUCUCCCCGGCCGGCUCCCACCUGAGCCCCGAUCUGCGCCAUGUCACUUUUCUGCCUCAGAUCCCGGGCGACCGCAACAGCGCGCCAGGCCUGUCCAGCAUGAGUAAUAUACCGGCUGGCUUGAGGACAGCACAGCCCAGCACGAGUACUAGGCAGGACGACAAACAUAAGCGCAAGGAGCGCAUGGCCAUGUUCGGCCGCCACCGUCUCUGGCCAGGACCAAGCGACGACGCGGACAAAGCAGGCGACACCACGCAGCAGCCCCUGGAGAACAAAGGCGAUCACAGCACCAUGGACAACAACAAACGGUGGGGCCAGCGGGCUUCCCUGCCACUAAAUGGCGAGAAUGACUACGAUGCGGACAUUGUCGAUAUGCUCGACGUUCUAGACCCCGAGGUUUCGACCAUGUCCUCCAUCACAAACGUCCAGAACUCGCUCUUUGUGCCGUCACUAGGCCGGUUCGUGAACAGGCGUCCAGCCUUCAACCUCACACCCUAUCCCAGGAGCCCAGAGUCGCCAGCCCGUGACGACGACGAGGAUGAAGAAGAAUCGGACCACAGCCCGGUGGACAAGCCCGCGCGGGGUUUCAAGGAAGAAGGUGGUGCUGAUGUCGCGAGACACAAGAAGACACUUGGCACGGCAAAGGAGCUGCCUCCCCUGCCACUUCCCAUUGAGCGCCUACCCAGUGUCCUCACGGCGAACCACUUCGCCGUCCGUCCCAGCGACACGUCGUUGGCCACUUGGACGGAUGAGGAUCUGGCUGACCUCAACGACCAUGUCAGACACAUGCUGCACUCCAGGAGAUCGAAGGUCGGCCGCAGGCUGCGCGCCUUUGGCCAGUAUGUGAGCAGGCCGAUGGGCUUCUUUGUCACGCUCUAUGCCUCGAUCAUCAUAUUACUCGGCACGGCCUGGGUUGUGUUCCUUAUCGGCUGGAUCUCUGUUGGGGACGAGCAGUCUAUUGUGAUUGGCACCAUCAAUCUUGCCCUGGUGACGCUGUUCUCGCUGGUCGGGAUCGGGUUGAUACCAUGGCGAGCUGUGGACACGUAUCACAUGAUCUACAUCGUGCGGCUGGAACAUAUUGCUCGCAAAAGGUUACAGGCCGCAGGCGCCACCGACACCGCCAGCAAUACACACGCAGCGACAGAAUCAACCGUGCGCAUUGUGGUGGAGAACGCCGAUGGCAAUGGUGGUGGCCGUGUGACUGCGGAUCUCGAGUCCGGCCGGGACCGGAAAGGCGUCAACGCUGACGACCUGGCCUCGGCGCUGAACCUGCAGCAACGCAACUCGCUCGAGCACCACCAGGCCUGCUUCGCCAAGUCGCACACAUUCUACAAGCCUCGCGAUUCUGAGACGCACCACGCCUUCCCUGUGCGCCUGCUCAUCGCAAUCGUAAUCCUUCUCGACGGCAACUCGGUCUUCCAGCUCGCCCUGGCGCUCUGCACGUGGACGAUCCGCUACCGGUCGCGUCCCAUGAGCCUGACUGUCAGCCUGCUGUGCUGCGCGAUGGCAUGCAACAUUUCGGCCGCGAUCCUCAUCUCGAUCGGGGACCGGCGGACGCGCAAGAAGGAUGCCGUGGAGCGGAUGUGGCGCCAGGAGCUCACGCGAGAGGCCAUUCGGCGGAAGGAGAAGAAGAUCAAGGCAGAGGAGGACAAGAGACGGAUACAGCUAGAGAGGGUAAAAGAGGAAGAAGAGUAUGGCGGAAGAACGAGCUCGCAGUGGUUGAGGAAGUCAUUAGAUGUUGUGAGGGGGAGGGAGAUAUCCGUUGUCGUUUAAGCCGGUCGACCGGAAUGCAUUUAUUAGCGUGGCGAAGUCAUUGCCAAGAUCAAUUGGCACCAAUACAUAAUUCUUUGAUUUUUUUC